GGGCUGGGCAUCGCGGGUUCUGCACUCGCAUGGUUCAAGUCCUAUCUGUCUGACCGUUCCUACCAGGUUCAGCCUCGCAUCGCAGCCUGCCUAGCUGACAUUGCCUCCUGGAUGUCUGCUAAGCACCUCAAACUCAACCUGGAGAAAACUGAGCUUCUGUUCUUUCCUGCAAAGAACUCCCCAACGAUCGACACUGCAAUUUCCAUUGAGGGAUCUGUGGUGUUCCCCACCACAGCAGCCAAAAACCUAGGCGUAACCCUGGACAACCAGCUAACCUACUCCGGUCACAUCGCGGCAAUCACUCGAUCCUGCAGAUUCUCCCUAUACAAUAUCAGGAGAAUCCGCCCAUUCCUCACACAACAGGCGACCCAGCUCAUGGUCCAAGCGCUUGUCAUCUCCCGCCUGGACUACUGCAAUGUCCUACUGGCUGGCUUGCCGACCUGCGCCAUCAGGCCGCUCCAGCUUGUGCAGAAUGCCGCUGCACGCCUGGUCUUCAACCUCCCUAAGCACUCUCAUGUCACUCCACUCCUUACUGCGCUCCACUGGCUUCCGGUAGCUGCCCGCAUCCAAUUCAAGACACUGGUACUGGCCUACCAGGCAACAAGAGGCUCCGCCCCAUCAUACCUUCAGUCCCUAAUAACUCCAUAUACCACUACUAGAACCCUCCGCUCUACGACCUCUGGUCAGCUGACAGUCCCCUCACUUCGGGAACCCGGCAGCCGCUCCUCCCGACCACGCCUCUUCUCUGCCAUUGCCCCAAGGUGGUGGAACGACCUCCCUCGUACAGUUAGGACUGCGGAAUCCCUCACCAUCUUCCGCAAGAGACUGAAAACCCACCUC